CGAGGGGAGGAUGCAUAUCAAAAAAGAUCUGAGGACGAGGAAGGACAGGACACGAAGUCUCGAGAAAUAACAUGCGGCUUUAUAGAUUGCCACUGAUCACAAUAUCUACUUAGGACUCAGAUUUUGAACAAUCAAAGCAAGACGGGCAAGAUGGUGGCGAUAACUUCGGUAGAAAUUCCUCUUCGCGAUACAGAUGAGGUGAUUGAAUUAGAUUUUGAUCAGUUACCUGAUGGUGAAGAGGUUUUAAGUAUUUUAGAGCAAGAAAGUGCUGUUCUGCAUAUAUGGAUCACAUUGGGACAACAAUACUUUAAACAAGGAAAACAUGAUGACUUUGUUAAAAUAUUUGAAGCUGCCUGUCGUGAGGACUUUUCAACACCCAACUUGGAAUAUAAGGAAUACCUUCAAGAUAAGAUGGUUGUUCUCGACUCACUGGCUGCUUACUAUGUACAGGAAGGUAGAGGAGAAAAAGAUAAAGACAAAAAACGAGAGCUUUUUACAAAAGCAACUCAACUAUACACAACUGCAGAUAAAAUUAUUAUGUUGGAUCAAAACCAUUUGCUUGGCAGAGCAUAUUUCUGUCUGUUGGAAGGAGAUAAGAUGGACCAGGCUGAUGCACAGUUUAAUUUCGUCCUUGCACAGUCCACAAGCAACAUCCCUGCAUUGUUAGGAAAGGCAUGCAUCUCCUUUCAGAAAAGAGAUUAUAAAAGUGCUCUUGCGUAUUAUAAAAAGGCACUACGAACCAACCCCAAUUGUCCGGCUGAAGUACGGUUGGGUAUGGGACAUUGUUUUUAUCGGUUAAACAGACUAGAGAAAGCAAGGCUUGCAUUUGAGCGGACGUUAGAGCUUAACAAUAGAUGCACAGGUGCUCUUGUUGGUCUUGCUGUUCUGGAACUUAACUCGAAAAAGCCAGACAGUAUUAAAAAUGGUGUCCAGUUGUUAUCAAAAGCAUAUAGUAUAGACAACCAAAGUCCGAUGGUUUUAAAUCAUUUGGCUAAUCAUUUCUUCUUUAAGAAGGAUUACACAAAAGUGCAACACUUAGCGUUGCAUGCAUUUCAUGGCACAGAGGUGGAAGCGAUGCAGGCUGAAAGUUGUUACCAACUUGCUCGUUCCUUUCACGUACAGGGCGACUACGACCAAGCGUUUCAGUAUUAUUAUCAAGCCACACAAUUUGCUUCUACUAACUUUGUGCUACCAUGGUUUGGUUUAGGACAGAUGUAUAUUGCCAGAGGUGAUAAUGUAAAUGCAGCACAGUGCUUUGAAAAAGUGCUAAAAUUCCAACCUAAUAAUUAUGAAACAAUGAAGAUUUUGGGAUCACUGUAUAGUUCCUCAAUGGAACCUGAAAAGAAAGAAAUCGCAAAAAACCAUUUAAAAAAAGUUACAGAACAAUUUCCUGAUGAUGUUGAAGCCUGGAUUGAGUUAGCUGGUAUACUAGAACAAACUGAUGUUCAGGCAGCAUUAUCAGCAUAUGGUGCAGCUUCCAAGAUAUUAAAAGAAAAAGUUGAAGCUGAUGUACCACCCGAAAUAUUAAACAACGUUGGAGCAUUGCAUUUCCGACUUGGUAAUCUAAAAGAGGCCAAGAAAUUCUACGAAGCAGCUUUGGAUCAUUGUAAAGAAGAAAGUAUGCAAGAUGAAGCCUAUUACAAUGCCAUCUCUGUUUCCAUGCAUUACAACACAGCAAGGCUUAUGGAAGCACAGUUUGAGUUUGAUAAAGCAGAAAAAAUAUAUAAGGAUAUCUUAAGAGAACAUGCAAGUUACGUUGACUGCUACUUAAGGUUGGGUUGCAUGGCCCGUGAUAAAGGCCAGAUAUACGAAGCUUCUGACUGGUUCAAAAUGGCCUUACAGAUUGACCAGGACCAUCCAGACGCUUGGACGUUGAUAGGUAAUCUCCAUCUUGCAAAACAAGAAUGGGGUCCUGGUCAGAAAAAAUUCGAACGAAUAUUAAAGCAGCCUGCAACAGCAAACGACACAUAUGCUCUGGUUGCCCUUGGUAACGUCUGGCUACAAACUUUACACACUCCUUCUCGAGAUAAAACAAAAGAGAAAAGACAUCAAGAACGAGCGAUUGCUAUGUUUAAGCAGGUGCUCAGGACUGAUCCAAGGAAUAUAUAUGCAGCUAAUGGAAUUGGUUGUGUUCUGGCUCAUAAAGGUCACUAUCGAGAGGCAAGAGACGUAUUUUCACAGGUUCGUGAAGCCACGGCAGAAGUUGCAGACAUAUGGUUAAACCUUGCCCAUGUCUACGUUGAACAAAGGCAGUUUGUCAGUGCUAUCCAAAUGUAUGAAAACUGCUUAAAGAAAUUCUAUAAAUCAUACAGUGUAGAAGUGAUGUUUUAUCUCGCACGUGCUUACUACAAAGCUGGUCGAUUGUCAGACUGCAAGCAUUUGUUACUCAAGACACGGCAUGUCGCUCCACAUGAUACGCUGCUUAUGUUCAACUUGUCUGUUGUCCAGCAAAGAUUAGCCACUGGGGUGCUAAGAAACGAAAAGAGUAAUCUCAAAGCUGUAUUAUCCGCCGUAGGUGAUCUGGAACUUGCACAAAGAAAUUUCGAGUAUUUAAGCAAAUAUGGAGAUCGUAUGAAAUUCGACUUAGCGCAUGCGCGAUCUGAAGCAGGUCGUUGUUCAGAUUUACUGAGUCAGGCUCAAUACCAUGUACAGCGCGCACGAAGAAUAGAUGAAGAAGAAAAGGAAGUUAAAAAGAAACAAGAAGAAGAAAGAGAAAUGUUAAGAAAAACAAAAGAAGAGGAGGAGAUGAAAAAAGUACAACAGUUGGAAGAUGAGAAGAAGCAGUUAUUAGAGAAACGUGCUCAGUUCAAAGAAGCUACGAAAGGUCUCUUAAAGUUUUCUGCAGCAGAAAUGGCUGCUAAAGAAAAAGCUGCCAAGGCACGCAAGAAAAAGGAUAAUUUGGAUGGACUAAUAGCUACAAGCAGUGAUGAAGAUGAACUCCCUAAGAAAAAGCAAGAAAGGAGAAAGAAGAAAAACGUGGAAUAUGAUGAAAAUGGAGAACCUCUACCUAAAAAGAAAAGGCAAAGAACAAAGGAACCGAAACCAAAGAAGGAGCCUAAGAUGUCAGCUAAACAACAGUUGAAAAUUAAAUCAAAAGCAACAGUAUCAUCUGAUGACGAUUCAAGUUCGGACGAUGAACAAGGUCCUGUUAUAAGUAAACCAAGCUUCAAAAGAAUGAAAUCAUCGUCUAGCGAGAGUGAGGCCAUGCCUUCUGAGGCGAGUGCGAAAGACAGCAACUCGGACUCUGAUAAUGAAAAGAGUUAUGUACCGAAAAAAAUUAUUAGUGAAAACGAAAGCGAUGGAAGCGAUGCUGGCGAAACAUCAAAACAAGUUCCUACCGACGACGGAAAAACCGAAGAGGAUGCGGGGCCGAAAACGAAGCGAAAAGCAAGGAUAAUAAGCUCCUCUGAGUCGGAUGGAGAUUAGAGAGUCAGCAAGUCCAAAUUGAAUCAAAAUAGCUGUAUCAACCGAAGAAAAACAAUGUACGGAUUAGCACAUCGAGACAGAUUUUGCGUGUAAGCCACAAAAAGGACAACUUUUUUUGUAAAUUAUGAAAUAUUUUUAAUAUGUGACGUAUCGUUGCCAAUUUUAGCGUCUCGUGUUGUUUUCUUCUUUCUUCUUUUUCUACAAAUAUGAUUGAGGACAAAUCACUUUCGUUUAACAUUUACAAAUUCUAACAUAUGCAUUUUUACACGCAGGUGCGAUACAAACUCAAUAGGAAAUUAUUAGAGAGGCGGCUUAUUAUUUCCACCUAUACCAAAAUGACGGGUUUAUUCAAGAAGCGGGAAUAAUAGAGUAAAUACGGUAUUUGUCAGUUGUAUCAUUAGCGUAGUUUUUUAUGGAUGUUUUUUUUUAAAAAAGAAACCUGUUUAUAAGAAACUAGAGGCUGGGGCUUCCAAAAAAUAAGAAACUUUGAGUUCUGGAUUUUUUAAGCUUUAAAAAACUGAGAAACUAAUAAAAACAAAAAAUAUGUUUUUAUGAACACUUUGUACAUAACGCUUGUGUGUGACUGAAAAACGUACCAUAGUCAAGUUGAUGUCGAACUGUAUAGCGCAUGUUUUUCAAUUUUUAUCCAAUUGAACAAAAAGUAAAUACAUGUCAGGACAGCUUUUAGGUUAUCUGAAUGCAAUCAGAAACCAAAUAAGAAAUUUUCAGUACUAAAAUUGACAAAAAAAUUAUGAAAAAACGAGUCCUCGAGCCUUUCACUGUUUUUUUUUUAAAAAAAAAAAUACGUUGUAGGUUGUCCAACUUUUUUAAAAUAAGCUCACUCCCGCUCCCUCUCCCUCGGGUUGCGUUGAUCAUGGAAUAUGGUCUUUAACCUGCGUUAAUAGUCAACAAGAAACAAGUAAAAAAACAGUUAUUUUGUUCCGCUUAUAAAAAAGGGUGUGUACCAGUGCAACCGAAAAAAGUUCCUUUGAAGAAUAAGAUAAUUUAUGGCAUAAAUUAGAAUUAAAAAAAAAAUGAAAAAGUGGAGGUGCGGGGUUUCGAACCCCGGGCCUCUCGCAUGCAAAGCGAGCGCUCUACCACUGAGCUACACCCCCGAUAAGUACCUGAAAUUACAAAUCUUAUAAAAACAAUAUAAUAACAUUCAGCAAAUUACAUGGUUGAUUUAACAUUAAAUAAAGUUUUUAAUUUGUGCAUAGUAGUGGUAGUAUUUUUACUUCCAUGAUGUGAACUUCUGAAAAUUUAAAUGAAUGCACUUUUGAAAAUAAGAACCAGGAAACUUGGCUUUAUUAAGUCGAAAUGUUUUAUUUUUCACAUGUUCGGCCUAUUUUUUUUUUUUUUUUUUUUUUUUU